AUGAGUAAUUAUUUGUAAAAGGGAUUUUUUAUUUUCGUUUUGCUUUUAGUAGUAAAUGCUAAGCUUGGAUAUGACAUAAGUGUGUGGGAAGGAGAAGUAAAUUGCUUUGGAUGUACAAAGUAAUCUGGCUACGAUUUUGUGGUUAUUGAAAUAUAUUCAUCUGCUAAAUAAUUUAACAAUUAUCUUGCUUAGAAUAUUAAAUCAGCUUAUAACGCUUCCUUAGAAGUCGAUCUGUAUAUUUUCCCUGACACAACUAGAGAUCCUGCUGAACAAAUAAAUAGUUUCUUCUAAUACUUGAUCGCUAAUGAAACUAUGUCAUUAUUUAAUAAUGUUUGGCUUGAUAUUGAGAAUGAAAAUUUGUUUUUUGCAAAUUGCACACAAAACAUUGAAUUCUUAUAAGCUAUGAUAAAUACUACUGAAAAUUACAUUAGUAAAGAUAGAAUUGGGUUGUAUGCUUCCUAGCACUAUUGGCCUAUUAUGUGCAAUACUACUGUUUUUUCAGAUUUGCAGCUCUGGUAUCCUAGAUGGGAUAAUCAAACUAAUUUUAAUGACUUUACUCCUUUUGGUGGAUUCGCAAAUCCUGUAAUGAAGUAGUUCUACAAUGAUGUACAAAUAUGCUGCACUAACACAGAUGUUGAUUGGAGGCCAGACACAUAAAACAAUUAUUUUAGUAACUUUUCAAGUAGGGCUUUCCUAAAGUUAUGA